AUGAAGCUCCGCGACCGGCUGGCUCUCCAGGUGCUUAUCCUCCUCGUUCCUUUUGUCGGCUUCACCCAGGAGCUACCCCUUCCCUCGGAUGACGAGUGUGCAGAGGACCGCACCGACUGUGCGUUAACAGCGCUGCAGCACCGAGGUGCUCUGACCAAGCAGAAAGUGGGCUGCCACACGACGGUGCAAGGGGAGAGAUGCUUCCGCGAGGUGACCUGGGCCCGAGAGGUGGGCAUCCGCCGGGAUCCCAAAGAAAAGGAGGAGAGUGAAGAGGGAAAGCAAGCACCCGGAUUGGUAUCCGGAUCUGACGAAGGACUCUUCCGUGCCAUGGCUGCCCUGGCGAAGAGGAUGACGGACUACGGAGCGAUGCUGCGCUUCCUGAGGCAAAUGCCCGAUACCCUGUGGUGUACCGCACGGAACCCAGAGCUGCGCCCGAAGUGGUGUGAGUGGCCUCCGGCGGGAAGCCUCGUGGCCCCGGCUGAGGAAAGCGGAAGCAUCACCAUCAAGGUGUUGAGCUACAAUCUGUUUUGGUGGAACCUCUACGGAGUCCGCCGCGGUAAUGGGGACAGUGCCGGCCACCUCAUCAGAGCUGAGACCGUGGAGGACGGGCUCUUCGAUGUUAUGGGGUUCCAAGAAUGUGAAAAUGGGGUCCGUGUGCUGGAGCCGGUGGGCUUGAUGGACAGCUACGAAGUUAUGCAAGGUAUGCAUGCCGUGUGCCUCGCCUACCGGAAAGGGGCCUGGAGCCUUCUUUCAAGCGGCAGCGAGGACGUUGGGGAGGAUAUGAAGUCCCACUACUACGGACGCCGCGGAGUGGUCUGGAUGCGCCUCGUUCACAAUGCCACAGGCAGAAAGUUACUUUUUGCCAACCACCACGGGCCGCUGGAGGUGAACUCUGGCGGUGACUGUGGCGGCGACUCCAUCGCCAACAACCUGAUCGAAGUUCUCCGGAACAGCUCCGAACCAGGGGAUGCCAUCAUUUUGGUCGGGGACUUCAAUGCGAACUCUGCUUCUCUCACCAUCCAGACGCUUUGGUCCCGGAUGGUGCUGCUCUAUGGCGGUGGCUCUUUCGGCGGCGUGGACAACAUCUUCGGGAACAUGGACUCGGACUCCGUCCUGAGCCGCAAGAACCUGGGCAGUGGAGGCAGUGACCACGAUGCAAUUUCAGUGACGGUGUCCUUGGGGACACCCCCAGCUCCCCCAGCGCAGGAGGAGCAGAGGAGCGUGGUCGCCCAGCCGGCCGAGGAGAGUGCUGCCCUCCAGGCCAGGCUCUCAGCUCCGCUCCAGAAGACGCUGAAGGCGACAGAAGCGCUGAGAGCGAAUCUGCCUGGGGACGACUGGCAGCAUUUCUGGUGUGGACAGCUGGAGCCAGAUGUGGGCUAUGUGCCUCCGCUGGGCAGCUGGUCCCUGGUCAUCAGCCACAGACCUCACAUGGGCGACGACUUCGAUGUCGCAGCCCCGCAGCGGUGCUGCCGCCUUUGCCAGCGGGAGCCCAGGUGUAAGUCGUGGACCUGGAAAGACGGAGGGCCUCGGCGCUGCGAGAUGUAUGGGGCCCCAAGCGAGAAGGAGUCGGUGCCCGGCUUCGUCUCGGGGCUGCCAGCCCUUGAAGCGGCCAGAGAGGUUGCGCUUUCCGACUUUGGCACUGCGCUGAGGAUUGAGAAAGGGGAGGUGGUCUACAGCCGUGUUGGCACUCCGGCCUUCUGGGCUCCUGAGAUCUACGCCGGCGGGUAUAGCUUGGCCGUGGAUGUGUGGGCCGUAGGUGUGACGACGUUUAUUCUUCUGACUGGCGCCCUCCCCUAUGAGGGCGAGGCCGCCAUUUGCGCGCGUUCAGGGCCAAAGGGCACAACGGACGUUGCCCUGCCCUACUACCUCUCGGAGAGUGGAGCGGACUUCCUUCGACAGACAAUGAAGAAGGAGGCCGCGGACCGGCCGCCAGCGAGAGAGGUUGCACGACAUCCGUGGCUGACAACGAAGCAGCCGAAAGAUGCGCCGUUGAUCGAAGACGUUCACCCUCCGCCAGAAGAGGUCCAGAUAGCAUCGCGCUUCUCCCUCUUGAGCUGCAUCUUCUCCGUUAUUGGAGGCCUUGCCGUGUAUGGCUGCAGCGCUCUGGGCUACUGUAUAGGUAUAGAUUCUGCACGCGACCAGAACAAGGAGGCAAGUGCCCGCUGGCCCAGCAAGACCAGCAAGGCCAGCACCGCCGGCACCGGCGACUACCUCAUGGAAGUUCCAGACAAGGACAUCCUCGAGAAGCAAGCGACGGAUCUGACAAAGCAGAUUUCCGUGAACCUCACCAUGCACCAGGUUUCUCUGUCGUCGAUAAAGCAGUAG